ACUCCCGAGACAUCUUGCUGUUCUUUAUAAAGCUCAAUUUUUACAUAGCAAGGGCUUGUGCAUGGUAUUUUUUCUUGCCUAGUUAACAAUGCCUGGCAGCGCCGACCUGCAAACUCUGUUUUACCGAAAAUUGUGCACCUCAUAUCAACAUUUCGCCUUUCCGCGCUAUUUGAAUAAAUUCUAUUUGGCUAACCGCCUAAGUUGCAGACUGCAAUCAGUAACGGAGACUUUAUCCAACCAUUGGAAGUCCUACGCGAAACACAAAUACAGCCAUUCUAGAUGCAUGUUUAGUUCACCUCAAGCAUCCCAACUUUUUUCCGAGACAAGAGGCACAAUGGCGAAAAAGAAGUCGGGAAUCUUGGUAGAUCCGCCUUAUUCAUCUGAUCUUGCAAGUGGUUCGGACAAUGAGGUCGUUUUUGACUCCUGUGCCUAUCAAAUUCCCCAUCCGAGAAAAAGACACAAAGGAGGCGAAGACACGUUAUUUAUUUCGGCAACAGGCAGAGUUGUUGGCGUAUUUGAUGGCGUAGGUGCGUGGGGAGAACUGGGCGUUGACCCGAGGAAAUAUGCUCUUAAGUUAAGUCAGGGUGCGCAAGAAGCGACAGACGAAUUGCAUUUGCUUCGGCCGAUCGACGUCUUGAAGUAUGCCUAUAAAUACAGCGCAGACGUUAUGGGUUCAAGCCUUGCAUGCAUUGCGACGAUAUCCGGUAAUGUGUUAGAAUACGCAAAUUUAGGGGACAGCGGUAUUCUAGUUGUCCGACCGCCCUCCAUGUUGCUUCAUCGAUCUCUGAUUCUCCAACACAGCUUCAACUUGCCCUAUCAGCUGGGACCAAAGUCCGGUGACCUUCCAGAAGACGCCAUUGUGUGCAAUAUUGACGUGGAAAUGGGAGACAUCGUGAUUUUAGGAACGGAUGGCUUGUUCGACAAUUUAGAGCACGAAGUUAUUGUCGAUAUUAUCAGCCAACAGUUUAAGUCUGAUCCUAAUAUUCACCUGGACAAGUUGGCGAUGAAAAUUUCCCAGGAGGCGUUUGCCAGAAGUCAGGACAGAAAGGGCCAAACGCCAUUUUCUAGAAAUGCCCUAAAGCACGGAUAUCACUUUCCGGGAGGCAAGCCGGACGACAUUACCUUGAUACUAUCCAGAAUUACUUCACUAAAAGACGCACGAGAACAGAAAUCAAUAAGACAGGAGUCAGCUGCCGUAGAAGCGGCCGAAAGGGUGCAGGCUUCUCAGUUCAGCUUUCACAAGUUGCGGUCACUAUUUUAUUGGAAGACUUUGCUGAAAUUUUAGUGCCGGUCUGUAUCGAAAGCGCGGUCAAGUGAACGCCAUUUAUCGGAUCAGAUCACACGCAGAUGCGGUCCAACGUGCGAGGACGUUCUGAAUAGUCACUGUCUUGAAGGCCUUUUUGAAAAUUGACAGUUGCAAGAAGCAGUUUCGCUUUUGAGUCGUGGAUCCGUGUUACAAGAGCCGGGAAAUGCUUGGUGUUUUUGCACAGUUCUUGUGCGCAGAGACUUUUUCCUCGAGCGCAAAAUAGUGUACAGCCGCGUCCGUGAGGGCAGAAACGAGAACAAUAGUAGUACAUAAGUGCACUGUGCGACAAUAUAUAUAAUAAAGGUCGUCUCUUCAAAAUGCAUUGCGCCAUCCGAUCAGCGGGAUGGUGCGCGGCAAGUGGCUUGUGGGGGUUAUGGUCGUUCCGUCACAUGGCUGUCUGAGGCGCAGCUUGUCCGGCCGACACGGGCAUUUUUUUUUGUGUAUUGCCUCAAACGCUCAAGUGCGUACGAUUUUUGUGUGUAGUGUGCGUGCAUGCGCGGACGAACAAGACUGAGGCGGCGAUUCGAGAGGUGGUCUAAACGUAGCAUUUGUGGCCAUUUCGCGGUUCAGUCUGUUCUCUGCGCUCUUCUUGGUCGCGCUUUGGGACGACGGCUUUUUUUUUGUUCG